AACACCAUAAACUAUUCCAACAAUUCUUAGCUGUCUCCCAAUUCCCUCUAUUAUUUGGUCAGCUUCAAACUUCUCCGACAACCCUUCUGAUCGUUAUCCAUGGUCUCCCACCCCAUUUCCUUUUGUGUUUUUGCUCAUCAUUGUAUGAACUCGUCAAACACUAGGCCCUGGGAUAUUAAUAUACAAGUACAGAUGUAAGAUGUUUGUUGCAGUCAGCGUUAGGUCUCGCCACGUUUGUUGUGUUUUUGGAGUUUAAUUAUUUAUAUCGACGACGACUACUGAGCUGGUGGCGGAGCUCAUUGAAGUGAAAGCACUUCUCUUUUACUUGGGUUUGUGAUCAAAUCCCAAAAUGCUGAAUCUUUAGUGUGGAUCUUCAUUGUUGUGUUAAGGUGAACUCGACCCCAACCUUACUUGGUUUGUUUUUUUGGCUCUGUUUUUGUUGGGUUGUUCUUGUUUUGAUUCUGUUGAUGAAAGAGAUAGCAGACUAGUGUUGCCAUUGUUAUCUUAUUAUUACAUAAAGCUUUGUCCCUGCCUAGUUGUGGAGCCAUAUAAUUCUCUUAUAAUCGAACAAGUUGGGAACUUGUUCAUCUUCUUUGUUUUGAUCUUGUAAUGAAGCAUGUAAGGCACUAGGUUCUGCAAUUUUCUAUUGUAGUCUUAGCUUUGCCCCUUUUGUGUUUGAAAGGUUCUUUGCCCAUUGCUCUUUUUUUUCUCAAGAUUCGAUUAUGAUGAGAGGAGGGACUGUUAGAUUGCUCAUUUGGGUUUCUUCAGCUUUCUGUUUGAUGUUUGGUUCAUUAGGAUAUGAUCCUAUAGAUAAUUUUCUGAUUGAUUGUGGAUCAUCGACCAAUCAAACAGUUGGUAAUCGUGUGUUUCUACCAGAUGAGUCUUAUUCAACUGUUCUUUCAUCACCACAAAAACUCAUUGCCAAAACCACUUUAAAUUCCAGUUCCAUUCCUUCCUCCAUUGAUCCAGCUGUUUUCGAAACUGCCCUUAUAUUCCCUGAAGGUUCUCGUUACACAUUUCCAAUAAAGAAGCAGGGGCGUCAUUGGGUUCGCCUCUACUUCCACCCUUUUGUUCACAACAGCUACAUUAUGAGCCAAGCAAAGUUUUCUGUGUCUGCUCAAAGUUUUACCCUUUUGAAAGAUUUUCAAAUAGAGGGUGAUUUUCUAAUGAAGGAGUACAUUCUAAAUGUAACUUCUAGCAGCUUGGUUCUGACCUUCACUCCUUCCUCCAAUUCGUUUGCUUUUGUGAAUGCAUUGGAAAUUGUUUUGCUCCCUGAUGAGCUUAUUCCUAAGGGCGCUAGAGCCAUUGGUUUGAAGGAGACUGAACAAAGUUUGAGUAAGCUGGCAUUGGAGACAGUUUGGAGGGUGAACAUGGGUAAUGUAACAGUUUCUUCCCUAAAUGAUACCUUGGGGAGAUUUUGGGAUUCUGAUUAUUGGUACCUGAAUAAUGAGGGUGCUGCAAGAUAUGUGUCGAAGCCAGAAGCUGUCGAGUUCUCUGCUUCACCAACGAAGUACAUUGCUCCUUCUUCUGUCUAUGGCACUGCAACCAUGCUCAAAACGACAAAUGAACCAAGAAUGGUUGCCAAUCUGACAUGGAACUUUGAUGUUGAUCCCGGUUUCAAGUAUUUGGUUCGGUUUCACUUUUGUGACAUGACUAGUAACGCUACUGAGAAGGUCAUGUUCAAAGUUUUUAUCAAUGAUUUGUACGCCUCUGACAGUCUUGAUCUUAAAAAUCUGACAUCAAAUUUCUUAGGCCGCCCUUAUUUUAUGGAUGUCAUCACGAGGGCAAGUGAUAUCCCUAAGAUGAACGUAAGUGUUGGCCCUUAUAGCCCAGAUGGAGGUUAUCUAUACCCAAUCACCAUUCUUAAUGGCCUCGAGAUCAUGAAAAUAAGCAACUCAAGGAGCAGCCUUGAUGUCUCGUUGAGGAACAGCUCUAAGAUCAAACUUGGUGUUAUAGUGGGUUUGGCUGUUGGAGUAUUUUUCGCUAUUGUUUUGGCUAUCGUUUUGUUCCUAUUUUAUAGAAGAAGAUUAGCACAUGCCAUACAUUUGAAGGCAGAAGAUGUCAUGGAGAAUGCAGAAGAAGGUAAAGACGCCAAUGGGACGGUUAUGUUUUCUGCCUCAAAGAUUGGGUACCGCUUCCCGUUAGCAGCAAUUCAAGAGGCUACUGAAAAUUUCAGUGAGAAUCUGCUUAUUGGAGUUGGUGGUUUCGGCAAGGUUUACAAAGGAAUUUUAAAGGACCAUACCAAAGUGGCGGUUAAGAGAGGAGCUCCUCAAUCAAAGCAGGGUAUUGCAGAAUUUCGGACUGAGAUUGAAAUGUUGUCUCAGUUCCGCCAUCGCCAUUUGGUCUCCUUGAUCGGUUAUUGUGAUGAGAAAGAUGAGUUGAUCAUCAUUUACGAGUACAUGGAAAAUGGGAGCUUGAAAAGCCAUCUGUAUGGCUCAGAUCAUCCAUGUUUAAGCUGGAGGAAGAGGCUUGAAAUCUGCGUUGGAGCUGCGAAAGGACUUCACUAUCUUCAUACCAGCUCUGAAAAGACAAUCAUUCACCGUGAUGUUAAGUCUGCGAAUAUACUGCUCGAUGGGAACUUGAUGGCCAAGGUUGCUGACUUUGGGCUUUCAAAAAAUGGCCCCGAGACUGAUCAGACACAUGUCAGCACUGCUGUAAAAGGAAGUUUCGGGUAUCUUGAUCCAGAGUACUUGACAAGGCAACAGCUAACUGAGAAAUCAGAUGUGUACUCAUUUGGGGUGGUGAUGUUCGAAAUCCUUUGUGGAAGACCUGCCAUUGAUCCAUCACUUCCAAGGGAAGAGGUAAGUCUAGUUGAAUAUGCAACGAAGCGACAUCAAAAUGGUCAGCUGGAGGAGAUUGUCGAUCCUCGUCUUGCAGGUCAAGUAAAGCCAGACACAUUGAGGAAGUAUGGAGAUGUAGCUGCAAAGUGCUUAUCAGAAUGUGGUGUUGAUCGACCUACUGUGGGUGAUGUGUUGUGGAACUUGGAAUUUGUGCUUCAACUCGAAGGAAAUCAGGGAAGGUCUAAUCAUGCUAGUCCUGUCAACAACUUGGAGACCAGCACUGUGUCUACUGUAGAAUUGAGCAUGGGAAGUUUAAGGGACAUUGCUGGGGUCUCGAUGAGCAAGGUAUUUGCCCAGAUGGUGAGAGAGGACAUGAGGUAGAUUGCAAUGAAGCUUCAAGAAAUCAAUUUUCUUUUUCCUUUUUCCUCUUUCAUUUUUGUGUAAUAUUUUGCCUGGUGAAGAGAGUAAUGUACGGUGUAAGGUGAGAUUCAAAUCGGUUCUCAGUGUCUAAACAUAUGCAUGGACAAAGCAUCUACCAGAGAACCUUCAGGAUUAUGCAUAGUAGGUUCUUUCAUGUAUUCAUAUUCGAAUGAAUGUGGUUGUAUGCUUUUACACAA